GCGGGGCCGUGCGGGACCGGGCCGAGCCGCGCCGAGCCCAGCCCGGGGGCCACGAUCCAGUCCCGGCCAUGAGCCGCCCGCCGCUCCUGCUGCUGCUCGUGCUGCUGCCCGCCGCCCGCUGCCCCGCACCUGCCGCCACCCCGCGGCUCCGGUUGUCCUUCCCGGAGCUGCGGGCCCGCCACGGGCUGCGACUCUUCCAGCUGGAGCGCUCGUGCUGCUACGAGGCCCUGCUGCUGGAUGAGGAGCGCGGCCGCCUCUUUGUGGGUGCCAAGAACCACCUGCUGUCACUGAGCCUGGACAACAUCAGCCAGCGGGACAGGAAGAUCUACUGGCCGGCUCCGGUGGAGUGGAGGGAGGAGUGCAACUGGGCCGGCAAGGACAUCACAGCCGAGUGCAUGAACUUCGUGAAGAUCCUGCAUGCCUACAACCGGACCCACCUGUACACCUGCGGCACCGGCGCCUUCCACCCCACCUGCGCCUUCGUGGAGGUGGGCCAGCACACCGAGGACCAUGUCUUCAAGCUGGAUGCGCGGCGCGCUGAGGAUGGCAAGGGGAAGAGCCCCUACGAUCCCCGGCACGCAGCCGCCUCCGUUCUCGUGGGUGAGGAGCUCUACUCGGGGGUGGCCACCGAUCUGAUGGGGCGCGAUUUCACCAUCUUCCGCAGCAUGGGCUCCCGGCCGUCCGUCCGCACGGAGCAGCACGACUCCCGCUGGCUCAACGAGCCCAAGUUCGUGGAUGUUUUUUGGGUGCCUGAGAGCGAGAACCCCGACGACGACAAAAUCUACUUCUUCUUCCGUGAGACAGCGGUGGAGCGGCAGCAGGGGCUGGGCAAGGCCAGCGUCAGCCGCAUCGGCCAGAUCUGCAGGAACGACAUGGGCGGGCAGCGCAGCCUGGUGAACAAGUGGACGACGUUCCUCAAGGCGCGCCUGGUGUGCGCCGUGCCCGGCACCGAUGGCGCCGACACACACUUUGAUGAGCUCCGUGAUGUCUUCCUGCUGCAGACGAGGGACAAGCGCAACCCCUUGGUCUACGCCGCCUUCUCCACCUCCAGCUCCAUCUUCCAGGGCUCAGCCAUCUGUGUCUACACCAUGGCCGACAUCCGCCGUGCGUUCCUGGGCCCCUUUGCACACAAGGAGGGCCCCAACUACCAGUGGAUGCCAUACCAGGCGCGCGUGCCGUACCCACGCCCGGGCAUGUGCCCCAGCAGAACCUUUGGCACCUUCAGCUCCACCAAGGACUUCCCGGAUGAGGUGAUCCAGUUUGCCCGGCACCACCCACUGAUGUACAACCCGGUGCUGCCCCACGGCCAGCGGCCCCUCUUCCUGCAAGCCGGCGUGCCCCACACCUUCACCCGCAUCGCCGUCGACCGCGUGGCUGCCGCCGAUGGCCACUACGAUGUCCUCUUCAUUGGCACAGAUGUGGGCACUGUGCUGAAGGUGGUGUCGGCACCGCAGCAGAGCUGGCACGGCAUGGAGCCGCUGCUGCUGGAGGAGCUGCAGGUCUUCCAGGACGCAUCCCCCAUCAUCAGCCUGCAGCUCUCCUCUAAGCGGCAACAGCUCUACGCCGGCUCAGCCGCCGCCGUGGCCCAGCUGCCCCUGCACCGCUGCGGCGCCUACGGCAAAGCGUGCGCCGAGUGCUGCCUGGCACGGGACCCGUACUGCGCCUGGGACGGCACCGCCUGCACCCGCUUCGUGCCCAGCACCAAGAGGCGCUCCCGCCGGCAGGACGUCCGCAACGGGGACCCCAACGUGCUGUGCUCCGAAGGUGCGUGGGGCCGCGGGGCGCGGGGCGGCUCCCGCAGCGGGGAGACGACGGACGCGGGAUGUCGUCCCGCAGAGCCCUCGCAGGGCCGAGUGCCCCAACGGCAGCUGUACGGGGUGGAGGGCAGCAGCGUGUUCCUCGAGUGCGUGCCCCGCUCGCUGCGUGCCCGAGUCGCCUGGACGUACCAGCGCGGUCCCGACGCUCCCCAGCGCGAGGUGCAGCCGGACGAGAGGGUGGUGAGGACGGAGCGGGGGCUGCUGCUGCGCAGCGUUCAGCGGCACGACGCCGGGCUCUACGUGUGCCGGGCCACCGAGCGGGGCUUCACGCAGCCCGUGCUGCGCCUGGCGCUGGGCGUCCUCGGCGCCGUCGCCCCCGGGGGCCGCGCUCCCUGGUACCGGGACUUCCUGCAGUUGCUCGAGCGGCCCGAGGCGGCCUGCGGGCGGCUGCGACCCCCGCCUCCCGUCCCGGCCGGGCCCCCCGCGCGGAGGCGGGGCGGGACGGAGCCGGAGCCGGGGGGCGGUGCGGAGCCACGGGCCGCCCGACGCCGCCGUACCCGGGGCGGACCGAGAGCCGAGCGCGGCCCACGCAGCGCCCCCGCCCGGUGAGGGCAGCCCCGGGGUUGCGCGGAGCGGGACGGCAGCGGAGCCCCGGCUCGGCUGGAGGCCCGGAAGGGGGCGGAGGGGGGAGAGCGGUGUAUUUAUUGACGGCUGGGAAUGGGGGGCGGCCCCGCACGGCGAUGGGUGGGUUCGGGCGGGGGCGGGCCGUCCCUCCGAGGCUGUACCGGUGGAGCUCAAUAAAGCAGAGGAGGCUGCACGGGACCCGGCGCGG